AUGGAUCACCGUGGCCAGCGUCCUCCUCGCUCCGCCCGGCCCUCCCUCUCUCACGGCCAGUCAUCAACCCCAAGCCCCCCUUCCUACCCCGAUCAGCCCCCCUCCUCCUACAGCGCCUAUGCUCGCUCACCCGCACAACCAUACGAUGCACCCCGCCCUAGCGUAGGAACCAACAUCUCAUUUGGCCCCACCGAGCGAGGCGACCGCCACGAGCCCCUCGACCAGCCUGGCCGCGUCCGCGGUCACUCCGCAUACCAGAAUGUCCUCUCUCCCACAAGCCCUGACCCCGAAGCGGGCUACGCCAUGCCCGACGCCGCUCUCGUCGGCCGCAAAAAAAGUAUGGUGCGCCCCGAUCGAGAGAAAAUAGAGCCUGGACACCGUCAGUGGCAUUACCGCAGCCACGCGGCGCAGCUCGAGGACGAGGGGAGCGGCAAUUUGGUUUAUCCCUCUACGACCGGUAACGCUCCCCAGAGAGAUGGCCUCCGCCGCGGUCGUUCCAUCCUCGGCCGAGAGCAGGACGUGCAAGAGUCGGGCCUCGCACUCUUCAAGCGCGGUACCACCCUCCGCAGGAAACGCCAGCCGGCUGCAAUUCCAGAUGACCAGCCGCCCCAGCGCACAGGCUGCAUGUCCGGCAUCCCAGGCCCCCACGACGCCUGGGUCACCUACUGCUACGUCCUGACUAUAUGCAUUCCUGGUUUCUUGCUCAAAUCGUGCGGGAUCCGGAGUCCGGAGCAACAGCGUGCCUGGCGGGAGAAGAUUGGCCUCGUGAGCGUGAUCGCGACGCUCAUGGCGGGCGUCGGCUUCUUGACCUUUGGGUUCACCGACGCGGUGUGCGGCACGCCGCCGAACCGCUUUCACGCGGGCUCCAUCGAUACGGGCUCGGUCAUCAUUCACGGCUACGACUAUGACUUUUCACAGUUCCACCACCCCAAGGUCGGCAUUUUCGACGGGCAGGCAAAUCCCCUUUUCGAGGGCGGCUGGAACGUCGCAGGCAACGACGCGUCGUUUUUGUUCCAGAAUACGGGCGGGAACUGUCAAGGGAUCAUUACCAAGGCAGACAAUUCGAGCAUCACGGGGGACAAUGGGGCGGUGGAUUGGUAUUUCCCGUGCAAUGUGUACAACCAGCACGGGACGUCACAGACCAACUUGAGUGAUUACGGCUCCAGCACGAAUUGCCAUGUGUCCAAGACGGCGCGGACGGAGCUCUCGCAGAUGAGCCCGCAAGGCCAGGUCUAUUAUUCGUGGGAUGAUGUCACCAACUCCGGCCGCAAUCUGGCCGUGUUCGAAUCCAUGGUGCUCGACUUUAGCCUACUCAGUUGGCUGAGUACCGGCGAGGUCAAGUUUCCAUCGAUCUUCAACGACUUUUCGAAAGCGAAUGGCACAUUCAACGGGAAGGAUAUCACCAUGUACAUGCUGCGGACGAAUCAGCGCGCGCUGGGACACUGCCUCCAGGACAUCAUCGGCGUCGGGUUCAUCGACACGAACAGCAUCGGGUGCGUAGCGUCCGACAUCGUGCUGUACGUCUCGCUCGUCUUCAUCAUCGGUGUCGUCGGCAUCCGCUUCGUCAUGGCCGUCAUGUUCGCCUGGUUCUUCGCGAACCGCAUCGGCGCGUUCAAGAACGAGACGUAUGAACAGCGCAUGCAGCGCUCGGCGGAGAUCGAGAACUGGACAAACGACAUCUACCGCCCCGCGCCGAGCGAGGGGAACAACUUCCUGCCGCGCCAGUCGCGCUUCACGCCGUCAGAGAACAUCAUCAAGGGCUCCGGCGGGCGGCCGUCGACGGCGUAUGGGAUGCUCGAGCCGAUGCCAUACAAGCGGCCAACGGCGAGUGUGUACGGCGGGACGCCUUCGGUCUCUGGGAAAAGUAGCAAGAUGCUGUCGCCGCCUGACUCGCCGUUCCGCACGUCGCGCAGCUUGACAUCGCUCAAUGACCCGCGCGGCUUCAUGGAUAACCCCUGUCCGUUCCCCCUGCACAACGUCGUGCCCCAGCCCGCGCUCGACUUUGAGCCAUUCGGCUACCCGCUCGCGCACACGAUCUGCCUCGUCACGGCGUACUCCGAGUCCGUCGAGGGCCUGCGCACGACGCUUGACUCGCUCGCGACGACGGACUAUCCGAACAGCCACAAGCUGAUCCUCGUCAUCGCGGACGGAAUGGUCAAGGGCGCGGGGAACGACAAGACGACGCCGGAGAUUUGUCUGUCGAUGAUGAAGGAGUUCGUGAUCGACCCCGAGGACGUCGAGGCGCACUCGUACGUUGCGAUCGCAGACGGGCAUAAGAAGCACAACAUGGCCAAGGUGUUCGCGGGGUACUACGACUACGACAACGCGACGGUCGAGCGGUCGAAGCAGCAGCGCGUGCCGAUCGUGCUCGUCGCGAAGACGGGGAACCCGCUCGAGGCGCGCGACGCGAAACCGGGCAACCGCGGGAAGCGCGACUCGCAGAUCGUGCUAAUGGGCUUUUUGCAGAAGGUGAUGUUCGACGAGCGCAUGACGACGUUCGAGUACGAGUUCUUCAACUCACUGUGGCGCGUGACGGGCGUGAGCCCGGAUCGGUACGAGCUCGUGCUGUGCGUCGACGCGGACACGAAGGUGUUCCCCGACUCGCUGACGCGGAUGGUGUCGUGCAUGGUGCACGACGAGGAGAUCAUGGGCCUUUGUGGCGAGACGAAGAUCGCGAACAAGGGGGAGACGUGGGUGACCAUGAUCCAAGUCUUUGAGUACUACAUCUCGCACCACAUGACGAAGGCCUUUGAGUCUAUGUUUGGCGGUGUCACCUGUUUGCCUGGCUGUUUCAGUAUGUACCGCAUUAAGGCGCCAAAGGGCGGGUCAGGUUACUGGGUGCCCAUCCUUGCGAACCCGGACAUCGUGGAGCACUACUCGGAGAACGUCGUCGAUACCCUGCACAAGAAGAACCUGCUACUUUUGGGUGAGGAUCGGUACUUGACGACGCUCAUGCUCAAGACGUUCCCGAAGCGCAAGAACGUGUUCUGCCCGUCGGCCGUCUGCAAGACCAUCGUGCCCGACACGUUCCGUGUGCUGCUCUCGCAGCGCCGGCGCUGGAUCAACUCGACCGUGCACAACCUCUUCGAGCUGCUGCUCGUGCGCGACCUGUGCGGUACCUUCUGCUUCUCGAUGCAGUUCGUCGUCGGCAUGGAGCUCGCCGGGACGCUCGUGCUGCCUGCAGCCAUCUCGUUCACGCUUUACCUCAUCAUCAUCUCCAUCAUCCCUCACGGCUCGAGCACGACGAUCCCGCUCGUGCUGCUCGCGAUCGUGCUUGGCCUGCCGGGGCUGCUGAUCGUCAUCACCUCGCGCAAGGUCGCGUACGUCGGGUGGAUGCUGAUCUACCUGGUGUCGCUCCCGAUCUGGAACGGCAUCCUGCCCGCGUACUCGUUCUGGCACUUUGACGACUUCUCAUGGGGCCAGACGCGCCAGGUCGCGGGCGACAAGGACGAGAACCACGGGGACAAGGAGGGCGAGUUCGACUCGACGCAUAUCGUGAUGAAGCGCUGGGCCGAGUUUGAGCGCGAGCGCCGGUGGAAGAGCGGGUCGCAGUCGAGGGACUCAAAUUCGUACGAUAACAAGAACAACUCGCCGAAGCGGUUGUCCGUUUGCAGGUAUUCUAUGGUUUCGAACACGGACUCUGGGUAUACCCCUCCGCAGCCGUUUGACGUUAGCACGAUGGACUCGUCAGCGUUCGCUGCGAAUGCCGCGCGGCCACGGUACGAUAGCAACCAGCUUUUGACGCUUCCGGCGCCGUUGGCCUUGAACAGGCCGCCGACGGGCACUGCUGCGUCUGCCUCAUCUGUGGGCGUCUCUCGCUCCAGCGAGGACGCGUACGCCUCGGACGUUUCCUCGUCGAAUCACCGCCUUAUUCCCAGCCCUGCAAACGAUUACUACGGCGACGAUUACGACACGCCCCCACCUGCACCCGCCGCCCGCCACAGUACGAGCACGCCGCCGAAUUUCGAGUCGCAGGUGUCGCGCGCGGCAGGGAACAGCAACGCCGUCUUCCGACAGAACACUGUAUCAAAUCUAUAUCCCGGGGAGACGCAGAACCCAUACCAGCAGCACGCGCACGCGGGCUACACGGAGCACGUCGGGUAUGUCACGGAGCCGGAAGAGAUGCCCGCCGCGUCGCCGUCGAAUUACUCGGUGGGGACGCCGCGGAUGGGCGGGCGCGGCGUCAGCCUGGCGGACAACGGGCCUGUUCCCGGCCCCGAGGGCGUGCGACGCAUAGCGCGGCCUCAGGGCCGCCGGCCGUCGUCGCAAGCUCCGGCUCCGGCGCAGCAGAACCGGUACUCACGCUCGUCGACGUACGCCAACCUCCCGCCGGGCGCCGCGCCGCCGAGCACUGGUGGCUACAGCGGGUACAACUGAGGUGGGCGCCGGGCGGGCGGAGGCUGUAGUCGCGUGCGUACAAUGGAUCUUGACUGCUGCCCCCUUUACUGCGCGGACAUUUUUUUUUAUCUUUUCCUCGCACUUUUUUAAUGACGUUUUUUUCGCGCUGUCUUCCCCUCCCCCGUUUUGCGUCGUAAUUGGACUUUGCAAUCCCCUCUCGCCGCGACUCGGUUGGCUCUGCGUCCGUGCGUCCAUGCGUGCAUCCAUCUGUUAGCGAUGUGAGCUGGGAGCUCCGCUUCAAGGUUUGUGAAGUUCGGUGUGGCAUACAUGCUGACCGGCUUUUUUCGAGCGCAUCGCGGCAGUGCGACCGCCCAGAGACAUCGUCUUGGAUUUAAUGGCUCUCGAGCGCCCGAUCGUCGAUACUCUCCCAUAAAUUACGCAUCUUGUUACUCCGAUCAGAGGCUGCCGGUUGACAAUGUCGAUACAUAUAUCUACGCUAUGGAUGUUCCAAUGCAUGCGCUUUGACGAAGGAUUUCCUUCCGGAUUGUUUUAUUGUUCCUCCUCCCAUGGACAUUGAUGACGUACAUAACGCUGUAGUAUGGGGCCUGCGUGUCUCAUGGUUGUCGGUAUUUUGUAGCAGUGGACUAUGCAGAUUAUGAUCACGAAUAUAUUACAACG